AUGAAGCCAGCACAUAUAUCACUACUUUGGUUGUAUCGUACUACUUUGGUUGUUCGUAUUUUCAUUGUUUUCACUCUUUUCUAUUCCUAUCAGCAAUACAGUAAAGUCUCGACUCUCUUUAUCAUUCAAAUAUUGAGGGAAAUUAAACAACAACAACAACAAUGUAUCAGAAGAGAAUUGAAAGUUAGCGGUGGUGACCAAAAGGAGGUUAUUCAUAUUAGAGAUGGUGUUCAGGUUGAUGCAGCCAUUCCACAGCAGCAGCAGGUCGAUGUCAAUGCUUUAAAGUUGCUCAUUGAUCGUCCAGAGUUGACCGAGUUCAAGGACAAGGUUCGUCGUGCAAUUGCAACGUCUGAUGUGUUUAAAGCAUCGGUUGCAGGUAUGCCAAGUGACGAGUACAAGCAAUUGGUCUAUGAACAACUCAAGUAUGUUGGUGCCAAUCUCAUCCGAUUCACCUACCCAAGAGACCACGUUGAUCUCAUGUCUGCAGGCAUUGAAAUAUUGUCCACUUACAACAAUAACAUCUGCACCAAGUUGGGAGUACACUACAGUCUUUGGGGUGGCACCAUUCUAUUGUUGGGUACUAAACGUCACGAAAAGUAUAUUGAACCAAGUGACAAACUCAGUAUUGUCGGGUCAUUCUCAAUGACUGAAAUGGGCCAUGGCUCCAAUGUACGUGGACUCGAGACUACUGCCACAUUUGAUCGUGCCACCAAAGAGUUUGUCGUACACAGCCCAUCUCCAUCAGCCUACAAGGUAUGGAUUGGAGGUACUGCUCUACACGCCCACUAUACAACCGUCUUUGCUCGACUUGUUAUCGAUUCCAAGGAUUACGGUGUACACGCAUUUGUCGUACCCAUUCGUGAUGCUACCUCGAACAAGGUACUACCAGGUAUCACAAUACACGAUUGUGGUCCAAAGUUGGGUCUCAAUGGUAUUGACAAUGGUCAACUACGUUUUGAUAAGGUCCGUAUCCCUCUGGACAACCUUUUAAAUCGUUUCUCAAAUGUUGCCGAAGAUGGUGCAUACACUUCUCAAUUUGACAGUCCAGUCAAAAACUUUGCUGCCACUAUGGCUCCAUUCAUUGCUGGUCGUUUAUACAUUGUAAAAUCAAGUACUGGACCAGCUAGAACUUCAUUGACUGCAGCUAUUAGAUAUGGUUUCUACAGAAAGCAAUUUGGUCCAACACAAACUGAAGAAUAUCCAUUGAUGACAUUGGCAUCACACCAAAGAAGACUAUUGGUUCCAUUGGCUCGUUCAAUGACAUUGGAUCUAUACACUCAACAAUUGGAAAAACUUUUACAAUCAAAGAGAGUUCCUGCUUCAGCACAUGCUCAUGCAGCAGGUUUAAAGGCAAUUUAUUCAUGGCAUUGUGUUGCUACACUUCAAGUUUGUAGAGAGUCUUGUGGUGGUCAAGGUUACCGUUCAGAAAACAAGAUUGCUGAAUUCAAGAAUGACUGUGACGUGAACUGUACCUACGAAGGUGACAAUACCGUUUUAAUGCAACAAGUUGCAAAGUAUAUUUUAGCCAUCUCUAAAGAUACACAAGCUGAUAAACCAAUUCAUAUUGAUGGUAAUCCCAAACAAGUAUUAUAUGACUUUUCCAAUUUAUUGGCAUUAUUCAAGACUAGAGAAAACAUCAAGGUAAAGGAAUUAAGAGAAUUGAUUCAACCCGCUGCAAAGGGAGCCAAAGAGGAAUAUAUUGCUUUUUCCAAUGCCAUUCCAUGGGCUCUCAAGGCAGCCUUUGCCUACAUGGACCGUAUCUUCCUCGAGAAUGCUAUUGCUCGUAUCGCCACAGAUGCAAAGGUCACUCCAAUGGUUCAACUCAUCCUUCUCGACACAUUGGCCAGAAUUGAAGAGGACCUCGGUUGGUUCUUGGGUCAUGGAUUGAUCUCACCAUCCGUUGCCAAUUCCAUUCCAUUCCUUGUUGUUGAUCUUUGUAAACAAAUUACUCCACAUGCUCUAUCAAUCGUUAAAGCUUAUGAUAUUCCAUCAAAAUGUCUACCAAAUGAAUCAUUAACUGAAGGAAUGAAGAUUAUAGACGAUGGUGAUGAAGAUGGUGAUAGUUCAAUUGAUAGUUUUACAUCAAUGGAAGAUGGGGAAUAUGGAGAUUGGUUUAGAGAUGAAAUAGCAGCACAAAGAAUCAGAGAGAGAGAUAUAGACAUGUAUGACUUUGGAGAUGAUGAAGAGCAAUUCGAGACUGAACUAUAUCGUGUAUAUGAACACAUUAGACAAGGUCAAGUUCAAGGUCAAGUUCAAGGUCAAGGUCGACGACCUGUGUUGGCAAGACCAGCUCAGGUCGAAGGAAACUUGGAUCAAAUCAUUGAAGAUGAAGAUGAAGAAGAUGAAGAGGAGGAGGAAGAAGACGACGAUCAAGAUCUUGUAGACGAUAUAGAUGGGGAAAUGCCAGUAGACUAUGGUGACUUUGACUUUAAUAUCGAUCGAGUACUUGGAUACAUAAACAAUCAAAACGUGUACAACAUACGAGACGCACUUAGCCAAUUCAUCCGAGCAGCUGGUGCAAAUGGAUCGCUUCUGUUUGGCAAUGCAUUGACUGCACCCGAUGUGCUCAAAGACAAGAUGGACAGUCUUCCUCUCUACGGUUCACAAGAAUUCUCAUUUGAUCCAUACUAUGACAUCAUCAACCAAACCAUCUCGAGCAAAGAUCAACUCGAUCAAGUCGCACUGAAAUUUCUUCAACUUGACGAACCAAUCCUUUCAAAAUUGGGUAAAGAUAAAUAUAAAUUCCCUUAUUGUCAGCAUGAAUGGACUGAGAAAACAUGGUUCUUUAGAUGUAAAGAUUGCGAGAUUACACAAACUUCUUGUAUUUGUUUGGACUGUUUCAAGAAUGGGAAUCAUAUUCAUGAAGGCCAUUCGUUUAUGCCCGAGCAAAGUAAUCAGGGUGGUUGUUGUGACUGUGGCAAUUCAGAUAGUUGGAAACCAGAAGGGUUCUGCUCAUCACAUUUUCUACCCGAGAAACCAAUCCAUCCAAGUGAUCUGAUCGAUCCAGAAUUAAAGAAAAAGUUUCAUUUGUUUUUAAGAGUGGUUCUCAGUGUGUUGGUUGAUAUUAUCAACAAGGAUAGAUCAUCGUCUUCGACUACGACGAUAAGUCCGUUCUCAAGUCUACGUAACAGCGAUUAUCCACGCAUUACAUUUAUCGUCACAUGGUUGGAGGAUUUGGCAAGCAACUCGUAUCCAGUCAGUCAUAUUCUAACCGAAGAGUUUGCUCAAAGAGAGUUGGAUCAGACCACAUUCUCUUUACACGAGCCAACUCCUCUUCCAUAUAUAUCACCUCCUCCUACUGAGGACAAUAACAACAACAAUCAAAAAGAUAGUGAUCAAGUUUACUUGGCACACAAGAGUCAAAUAUCACCACUCAUAUCAGUUUUAUCAGCCAUUGAAAAGAGUGAACAUAUCCUUCAGGCAACAAAGACACUACUCGUAACGAUGAUGGGCAACAAAUUAUUCAAAGUUGUCUUUUGUAACGAGUUUCUAUCAUACUAUGAAAGAUUUGCACUCUCGCCAAGCAGUAAUAUGAGAAUCAUCGUCUCUUCAAUCUCUUGUCAAAUGUUUGAAAUCCCAAGUAUCGUUCAAUCCUUUUCAACUGGUUAUUCAACUCAUAAUUUAAUUUUGAAAAUUAUUGAUGUUUUUGCAAAAUUAAUUGAACAUGGAUCAACAUAUGAUUUUGAUUUACCAACAAAUAGAGAGGAAUAUGAACAAUAUUUGGUAUCACAGGAUUUCUAUUAUAUAUCUGGUUACUUUAAAUAUGAAAAGAUAUCGAAAUUUGUAUAUGAAAAUGAGAUUGUAUUCUCCAAGAUAUUUUCUCUUUGUAGAGGAAUUCAAGGGAUCACUCCAAUCAAAAGACAACUCACAGAAGCUCUUCCUUAUGAACUACCAGUCAUUUCAAAUCUCAUUGGUUUAGAAAAUCAAAAUAUUAAUUGUUUUAAUAAUUUCCUUCAAUCAAUUCAUAAAUUAAAAUACCCAAGCUCAAAGUUUUUAAAAUUAUUAAUAUCAAAUAUACCUUCAAAUGAAGAAAUUAUUUUUCCACCAUUUGAAAAUAUAAAUCAAUAUAAAUAUCCAGUAUCUGAUAUUUUUAAUGGAGUAACAUCAAUUUCGAUACAUCAACCAUUUGCAAGAUUAUUUGGAAACUAUUGUUUAAAUGCUUUACAUUUUUCACCCGAUUAUUCUUUAGAGGCAGUAAAGGCAUUAUUACCAUUGGACAAGUUACUCUAUAUUUUCAACUCGAUUCUCAGUAUCAACGUUUUAAUGUUUCAAAACAAUGCUUGUCUAUGGGAAAAGAAUCUCAAUGUUAAUGAAUUCAAAUCAUACUAUACUUGGUCGUUCAUGGUGAUUGACAUUUUCACCAUGCAAUACAUUUCCAUUAUUCUAGGUCCAAACUAUUUUUUAAAUCUUUUAAUCAAUUCUUUUACUUCAAAUUUUAAAUCAAUUGAGACAAACAAAACAGUGAUACCAGAUUUAUUUAAAUUGAUUAUUCAAAUUUUACAAAACAGAUCAUCUCCAAUAUUUGGUCUACCAGAGGCAAGAUAUCAUCUUGUUCAAGCUGUUAUCAGUAAUUACAAAUCUCAUUCUGCUUUGAUGAAUUAUAGAAGAGAAUUUACAAAUUUGGAUUCUUUAGAAGAUUUAAUAGAGGAAAUUACAGAACAAGGAACAGAAAAUAAGAAAUUACUUUUAAAGGAAAAGAAUUGGGAAAGAUAUGAUCAUUACUAUCCCUAUCAUUUCUGUGAAAGAGAUGCAUUUGCAGAUUUGUCACUCAACCAUUAUCACGAACAUUUAAAGAAAAAGAAAGAUCCUUUAGAGGACACUUAUCCUCUUCCACCAGUUCUCGAACCACUGCAUCCAAACUUGGCAGCUGUUAAUGACAUUUUUGAUGAGCCACUGCUCUACAACAUUAUGUUUUUGUAUUUGCUAAAGUUUGUUCGACCUACCUCGAUGCUCACCGAUUCAUUCCAAAUGUUAACUUUUCUAGACAAUCCUUGUUUUUCAUCGGACCAAAAACAAAUGGAGAAUCUUACAAACCAUAUUUUAUAUCUAUUGGUUUUAGGUAUUCGUACCUUUAUUGAUACAAUCAUUCCAAAUUUGAAUCAAAAUGAUUUAGAUUCUUUAAAAUCAAAAAUUCAUAUUCUUAUCAAUAAUAAUCAAAAUAAUCAUAAUAAUAAUCAAAAUAAUAAUAGUACUAUUGAUAAUAAGAUGAUAUUAUUAAUAUUUAAGAGAUAUAAUGUAAUUGGAGAGAAUGGUGAAAAGACACAAAUUUGUAUAUUGGAUCUUGUACUCAAUCUAUUUGAGAUUAUGCAGAAUACUGGUAAGUAUGCUGAAAAGAAGAGUCUCAUUUCCAAGUUGCUCACAAUGCUUGGUGACUUUGACAAGAAUCUUUUGGACCACUUUCACACCAAAGUCAACAUGGACGACUUUGUAAAGGCACAGGGUGAACGAGAGUUUGAAGCUAAAAAGAAGGAGGCAAUGCUCAGACAAAAGGCAAUUAGAGAAAAGAUGAUGCAACAACAGAUACAAUUUUUACAACAAAAUGGUGGUGACGAUGAUGAGAUGUCGGAAGACUCGUCGUCGGCUAGUGCAGCAACCGGAAACGGAAGUAGUACGGCAAUAUCUGAUGAUAUGGUGUGCGUAUCAUGUAAAGAGACAACACGCAAUGGACAAAAACCAGUGGCACUUGAGGGUCGUCUCUUUGACGGGUUUUAUUGUCCCCUUUGCAACAGAACAUGUAAUAUCCUGCUUGCAGUCGAUUCAGUCGGGCAAUUGGCCACCUCUGAAGAGCUUAUCAUGUCAUUAUUCGAGGCAGACACUACAUUUAGACACUUUCCAGAGUCACUCAAUUCAAUCAACUUUCGGUACGUUUGGAAGUUCCCAUUGUGCAACAUUGAGAAUUUGGAAAUCUCUUCGCGACUCAACCGCCACUAUGCACAAGAACCAUACUAUAUCUACAGCGAGUCGGAUUUCAAGAACCAACUACGCACACUUCGACUUUUGUAUUAUAAUAUCAUGUCGGUUCCUGUGCCUACCGAACCACCAACCACUGCGCAUGUCGAUCUGCUCAUGUCGGACAAGUAUUCAGCAGAGAAUGAUCCAUUUACCUUGGCUUCCUUUUCCCACUUUUUCAAUCGAUCUAUGGAUGUCAAUGUUUUCAUUGAAAAGGCUUACGAAAGAUUGGUAUUUCUUAUCUUUUCCACAACUGCAGAACGUUAUUUUACUGCAAAUUUAUUAAAUACUAUAGAUUAUGAAGAUUUAUUAUCACAACAAUUUGAAACAUUAAAAGUUCAUUUGACAGUACCAGAGGCUGUCAAAGAAACAUCUUCUGGAUUUGUAUUGGGAUUCAUCAAAAAAGUAAACAAGAGAAUUCAGCCAUUUAUCAGAAAGGCCUAUUUACUAUUACAUUGCAUCAAAUCAAUGGCACAACCACUUGGCAAUGAAAACGACUUUACCCAACAACAAUUUGAAAAUCAAUCCUUUUUACUUGGAGCACUUGGACUUCGUGAUCCCCUCGAGUGUGUUCUCAAUCCUAAAUUUAACGAAUUAGGCAAAUUGUAUAGUUUAAGCAAGGCAAACACAAACUUUUUAUCUUAUAUUCCGCUAAAGACACCUUCAUUUAUUGAUUUACCAUCAAUGUAUAUUGACUUUUUAAUGGAUUUUUUAAUGGUACCAUGCGAAAAAGGAUCAUGUGAUAAAUUACCAAAAGGAGUUUGUUUGGUAUGUGCAAAGGUUAUUUGUUUGGAUGAUUGUUGUUCAGAGGAAUUACUCAAACAUACUCAUAAUUGUGGCAAUGGGUUGAUUAUCACUCUUGGUAUCAUCAACCCAACAGUCAACGUCUACAGCCACGGAGGAUCAGUUGCAACGAGUAAUGUCUACUUUGACAAACACGGUGAACCAUCUACCAAAACCAAACCAAACCUUAAAUUGAAUCCUACAGCACUUCGAGAAUUAUAUAUUAAUUGGAUCAAAGGAGUCUAUUUGGAAAGAUCAUUUUAA